CCCCGGCCGCAGCUGUCCACGCGGGAUGCCUUGAGCUUGCUGGGAGACUACAGCAGACUUUUUUCUGAGCGUGGUGCUAUAGAUUUUCCUCGGUGCAUUUAAGGGGCUGCUGCCGCACCCGCUGUUGCCACUGCUGCCACCUUUAUUUAUUUCUCUUUUUUUUUUGGCACGGGGCCCAGCCCUUCUCCCGCUGCCAUGAUGGCCCAGUCCAAAGCCAAUGGCUCGCACUACGCGCUGACGGCCAUCGGCCUGGGGAUGCUGGUCCUCGGGGUCAUCAUGGCCAUGUGGAACCUGGUGCCCGGGUUCAGCACUGCCGACAAGCCCACAGCUCAGGGCAACAACAAGACCGAGAUAGGCAGCGGCAUCCUCAAGAGCAAGUCCUUCUCCGUGGCCUACGUGCUGGUCGGGGCCGGCGUGAUGCUGCUGCUGCUGUCCAUCUGCCUGAGCAUCCGGGACAAGCGGAAGCAGCGGCAGAGCGACGAGAUAGCCCGUAUGCAGCAGCAGGCGGGUGCCGAGCCGCACGCCCAGGAGGAAGACAGCCAGGAGGAAGAGGAGGAGACGUCCUCGAGGUACUAUGUCCCCAGCUACGAGGAGGUCAUGAACACCAACUACUCGGAAGGCGGGGACGCGGGGCAGAACCCAGCGAUGAGCAUCUCCCUCCCCUCCUACGAGUCGAUGACGGGGCUCGACGAGGCCACCCCCACCAGCAGCAGGGCCACCGCAGAGCCUGGCCCGGGGCACGCCCCCGACAGACAGAACUCCAAGUUGGCCAAACACCUGAAGCCGCUCAAAGUGCGGAGGAUCAAAUCUGAGAAGCUGCACCUCAAAGACUUCAGGAUCAGCCUCCCGGACAAAAACGUCGCCCCGCCCUCCAUCGAGCCUUUGACACCCCCACCCCAGUACGACGAGGUCCAGGACAAGGCCCCUGACGCCCGGCCACCUGACUGACCCGGCCCUCACAUCCUCUGCACCCCCAGACUCCGAGGAAGCCACCUGAGCCACGGCCGAGAAGCAGGGGGACCAGAGGCGCACUUGGCCAUCUGGGCGGGCGGAGAGGCCUCUCGCGUACCAGGAGUGACAUUCGCAGAACCGCAUGGAGCAGGUGCAUCCGGAAGCCGUGCUGCCCAAGAGCACAGCCCGCCUGUAACACAGGCGUCUCCCCCGUCUUUCCCCACCCCGAGGUGGUGGCGACACAUGCCCCUCCCCAGCCAGGACACACGCCCCUCCCCAGCCGCUGGGUUGGGAGGUGAUGCUGGUUUCAUUUUGCUUCUACUAGGACUGGAAACUCGUUUUUGCCUCUGCUUUCUUCCCUGGAGUCCUGGCGUGUGGGUCAGAAACAGGCCUGGCUUUGUCCGGAGACACAGGGCUGCUUUGUGAAUUCAGCGAUGAUGGGGAGGUGGGGGCCCAGGUGGCGGCUCUCGGAGCCCCCGAUGCUGUCAGUUCUUUGAGGGCCUCGGCCUGAUGAACCCGGGCAUAUGACGCGUAAAAUGAGUCUUCACCGGCCCCCGGGCCGGGCUCUUACGCGCACCGGCUGUUCUGUUCCUUCUGCAGCGCCGUGCGGGUGAGCUUUUUAUAAUAAAUGAUUUUAU